AUGGGAAACAAAAGAAAAAAGGAAGAGUGUAAAAAUGAUAAAAUUCUAAAGAAUAUAAGGAAACUUGAGAAGAAAUUAUCACAAAAGAAGCGUGUUUUACGUCUACCGUCUAGUUCGAGUGACGAAGAUUGCAGUGUCACCCCAAACCGUACCGGCAAUGAAAUAAAUAACGAGAUGCAAGACAUCACCCUUGAUGACGGCAUUAUGGGCCAGCCUGACCUCCUGCUUUCACCAAGCAUGACGGCAGCAGUGCCCAUGGUAACUGAAAUUACCUCCGAACCACGGCCGUCGUCUGUGCCUCACACUAUGGAGGUCGAGUUAGAUGAGUCAAUUUUAAGUUUGUUGGGGGAUGCUCCGCAGAGUGCAAUUCAAUUAGGGCCACCAGUACACAAAGAUAUCGCAUCUCGAUGGCAAGACAUUUUACUAAGAGGGCUUAAAGAAGAUACAAAGUUGAAACUUUUAAGUGAUUAUGUAAUACCUCGGGUUAAAGACAUUUAUUUCUCUUAA